CUCAGUCGCUCCCUGCGUGCGGUUCGUUUGGAGAAGGUGCAGCAGUGCGCCGCGCUCCAUCGCAGCCCGGCGCGCGCGGAUCCACGCUGAACGCUCGCGAUACCAAGUGAGGCGUUUGAGGAGAAAAAGUAAACGUCAGGAAAACCAACCAGCGAGUUUUUGUUUUUCUCCUUCUCUUCUCAUUUUUUUUGGCUAACUUGUUAUUUGACGACAGCCACUUGUUCAGGCGUGAAAUGGACCAUCGAUGCAGAGUCCGUUUAUUUGGCCACUUUGGAGACGCAAAAGAAAAUUGAGAGAAGGUUGAUGAACUUUUCUUUCUGAACGCAGAGACAACGUUUAAUUUAGAAACCAUGGAUCUCUACGUGCGAAAUGAGUCAUCGUGGUCCCCGGAGUGCGUCGGAACGCAGGCUGACGCGCGGCACAACGGAACCGUUAACUGGAGCCCGGACGCCUCAAACGCCACGUGCGGCAACGCGUCCACGCUCCUCAUCCCUCAGCGUCUGAGGCACAAAGACGAGGACCACACGCUGCGCAUCCUCCUCUACGCGCUCAUCUUCUUCCUCAGCGUGGCGGGCAACCUGCUGAUCAUCGUGGUGCUGACGGCCAACAAGCGCAUGCGCACCGUCACCAACACCUUCCUGCUGUCGCUGGCCGUCAGCGACCUGAUGAUGGCCGUGUUCUGCAUGCCCUUCACCCUCAUCCCCAGCAUCCUCAAGGACUUCAUCUUCGGAGCCGCCAUGUGCAAGACAGUGUCCUACCUCAUGGGCGUAUCGGUGAGCAUCUCCACGUUCAGCCUGGUCGCCAUAGCGAUCGAGCGCUACAGCGCCAUCUGCAACCCGCUGAAGUCGCGGGUGUGGCAGACCCGCUCGCACGCCUACCGGGUCAUCGCCGCCACAUGGGUGCUGGCCUUCACCAUCAUGAUCCCCUACCCCAUCAUCAGCCACCUGGAGCCGUACCAGAAGCCCGACAACACCACCGCGCACCAGUGUCGCCACAAGUGGCCGCUCGCCACGGCGGAGCAGACCUGGUACGUUCUGCUUCUCCUCGUGCUGUUUGCCAUCCCAGGGGUGGUGAUGAUUGUGGCUUAUGGCCUGAUCUCUAGGGAACUUUACAGAGGCAUCCAGUUUGAGAUGGGCCACAAUAAAGACUCUACUGAUGUGAAGAAUGGUCUGACCUCCACUGUGUCCAGCGGCAGUGACGAUGGAGACGGUUGCUAUGUUAACGUCGUCCAGAGGCCGCACUCGAUGGAGAUGUCCACUAUGGCUGCGUCGAGCAGGGCGAUCAAGGCAGAGCGGCCGCGCAGCAACACGUCCGAGGCCAAACUGGAGGCUAAGAAGCGAGUCAUCCGCAUGCUGGUGGUCAUCGUCGUCCUGUUCUUCCUCUGCUGGAUGCCCCUGUACUGUGCCAACACCUGGCGAGCGUUCGACGACACCUCAGCCAAGCGCCUCCUCUCAGGGCCCCCCAUCGCGUUCAUCCACUUGCUGUCUUACACAUCUGCCUGCGUCAACCCGAUCAUUUACUGCUUCAUGAACACACGCUUCCGCAAGGCCCUGCUCUCCACCUUCUCGUGCUGCUCUGCGCCGUGCCAACGUCAUCGGCGUCGCGGGCUUCGGGACAACGAGGAGGAUGGUAUGGCAACAGGAGCCUCCAUGUCCAAGUUCAGCUACACUACAGUCAGCACCAUGGGAACCUGCUGAGGCAGAUAGACGUAGGCACAAUCCAGAGGAGACGGUUACUACGGCAACGCAGCAUCCCACAUCCUUUGUCUUUAGGCCAGUUCUGUGUUAAUAGUGACAGUGGUGUGAUGUGGAAAAACGGGCCAUAUGCUGUAAUGUAGCAGUAUAGAUGCUUCACCCAUGACUGUGAGUAAAGUCAUGUAGAGAUUAUUUCAUGAAAGCAGUUUUAGAUUGUAGAUACACAGAAAACUACAGGCACCUGCAGGCAGCCUCUCCUACAGUGGGCCAAUGUCACAUUGAGGGAGGCUGUCCGCCAGUAGAAAAUAGGAAGAAAUAAGAAAUACCCCGCUGUGUGGUUUUAAAAUUGUGUUUUACACUCAAUGGUCACUUUAUCAGACACACCUGCACACUCUAAUGUCAUCCAAUACAGCGAUCUGCCGUAAAUUUCCUAGUAUUGAAACUGUCAGAAAGGUUUUCAAACUUGUUAUUGAGGUCCACCGUGUGACAUACAGUAUGAUGACAAUAACAUUUGAAACACACCUUAAUACUGUAUAAUGUGCUCCAGGAUGACUCGGCCACCCACUGUGAUAAUCAGCUUUGUGACUAAAAACAAUAGGAAGCUAGUUAAGAUUGCCCUAAAGUGUCCAGGUGCACUCAAUAACAUGGCCAGUGAGUGGAUGUUGUGUGUUCCUGUGUUAAUAAGGAUUAUGAAUUUGCCUUGUGGACGAAGUGCCUGCUAAUUAACACUGUAUUUGUCUGCUGUCGAUUUGCCUUAUGAAUCACAGGCACCAAAAUCACAAGCACGUUGUAAAGACUCCGAGGUGGAGAUUAAAAAACUUCUGAGCAGAACCGAAACUCCGCUCAGACGUUGGGGAACAUCAUGCAGAGGGGAAGUAGGUUACCAGUCUACGAGGCUCCACAGGAAACGCUUCACUGGCGUAAACAGUUUGCAGCGGUGCCUUGUACUGUGACAGGGAACCUAACGUGAACCUUUGUGUGUUUUAGUCUUUGGAGAGGGAUCUUUCACUGUGACUCUGUUUCUCUCUGACGAGUAAUAAUCCAUCAUAAAUCAUUUACAUUAAUAGGUUAAAUUGCUUUAGUCGUGCUUAUAAGUUUGGACUAUUGUCAGUAUAAUUGAACAACAAGCUGUUUCCAUCUCAGUGCUCACAUGCUCCCGGCGUUCGCUGCCUCCCUGCAGUAACUUUCCACACCUAAACUGUUUAGGAAUCAGCCCACUGGCUUCCUGUCCGCGUCGCGCUCACCUGCCAGCUACGAAACGGCAGCCAGUUUGUUCCUUGGUCCCCCUCAAUCAUCCGCAUCUCGCCGUAAUUGCGUUACAUCCUCGAACCUGCCGGGCUGAGAGGAUGAGCGCAUUUCAGUGAGUGCACCGGAGCACAGAGCUGUCAGUCGCCCCGCUAAUAGAUGCACGACCUGCAUUUGUGAAGGCUUUUUGGGAGAUCCUCCAUCAGCCUGCAGCUUGUGUGGUUUGUUGUGAUUGAAUUUUAUUGUCUCAAGCCUCCAGGGACCAUAAGUAAAGAAAUCUAUACUUACAUAAAUACUUAUUAGGCACUCGUGCUUCUGUAUACCUGAAGCACAGACAGAACAACGCCGGCAUCCCUCUGCUGUGAUAUGAAGGACAAGGCUCUGGUAUCACAGAUGGACUUCAUAGUUCAUCCAUGGCUUUGAUUCUAAAUAUGCACAUUCAUGAAACCAAACUGAGGUCACGGUGGUACAUGGUUUUGCAGUAAACAGCACGCGAGAGGCAUCUAUGCAUCCGCUAGUACAGUUUCACAGACUGUCCUGUCUGUGUUGUUGUCUGUGAGUGGUGCUUUUUAUUUUCCUAGAAACCUGUGAGAUGCCGUUUACCCCGUGGUGCCACAGAGGCCGGUGUGACUGGCUCCCCAUCGAACUUCUACGAACACACACAGAACACAGCGUCCUUCAGCUCAAACUGGUCAUUCCACACCUGCUGACAGGCAGCUACAGACAGACGCCAGGAAACUGUUAUUUCCCUUCUUCAAAGGAAGGCGUGUUAUAAAAAUAGCUUACAAUGAUGCAUUCCCAGUAGACAGCUGUUAAACCCCUGAACAUUUCUCAAUAAAUAAGUGAUACACUAAUAGGAACACUAACUAACAAAUUACCCUGACGUAUAUUUUUACACAACAUGGCUCGUUCACAGACAGACAGACAGUAAAACCAAAAGUAAAGGCGUAAUCAUGAGGGUAAAUCUAAACCCUCCUGCCCCUCAAACCAUUCUCUCUUCUGUAGGCCACGGUUUUGGUUACAGUAUCUUGCAGCUCGCCGUUUUCAUCACUUCAGCUGACGGCACAGUAUCUACUCAGCACUGAACAGCUGACGGCCCAAGUUAGAAGGUGAACGUGGAGUCUACUGCAGUUCCCUGAUAUUUCCCUCGGGAGUCGGUGGAGACUAGGACAGCCAUUACAGGAUAUGAGGAUGUUCACUGUGUGACAGCAGACAUGUUGAUAUUGCCCUGGAAGUGCUGAACAUGUAAAACACAUUUGCUCAUUUUGUUCACUUGUGUCAAUAUACUGUCUACGUUAUGUCAGUAUUGUCAUUAGUGUUGGGAACGGCCCGUAUCGCUGCCAAAGAGAAUGUAUUGCAGCUUUAAAGUUAUGGUUGUAGCAGUUGUGAAUUAGCUUAUUUGCAUAAUCAAUGUUGCAGAAUAGUCUGUGAAUAUACUAAACAUUUAAUAGGAGCAUGCUGAGUACUAUCUCAUUGUAAUCAAUCAUUGCAAAUGCUGCUGCUGCUGCUGCUGCUGUAACUGAACUGCACAUGCUAGACUGGUUGCGUCGACCAAUCUCAACUACUCUUAUUCCAGCUUCCUACUGACAUGCUUGUAGAGACAUUUUAACAUUAUGGGUGCCUAUAUCUCAGUCAUAUGUCUGCUGGGCUCUGCUGAAACGCUCCCCAUUCCUCAGAUUGCAGAGCAUCCUCAUGGGCGCGACGCUAAAUGCUGCUAUACGGUUGGACACAGGUGUCACAGAGAAAUGUGCUCUGGGGAAGUGCUGCUGGUCAGUGAUAAGCACGCUGUCCGGGGGUUUGGCCGUUUAAGCUGAAUCAGAAUUGUUUGAUAUGAGUAAAUUGGCCAGACUGGGCAGCACAGUUAGGACUAAUCCACUCAGAAACAACAAAUAGUUUGGAUGGCAAAUAAAUGGCCUUACGGUACCUGAAUAUUCUGGCAGUGGGAUACAGAUUAUCUGCCUAAAUGCGCUAAAUGCAUUGCUUUCACUUAGAUUAGUAGUACUUGUAUUUUAUAGGGGCAGGUAUUUUAUAAUUGCAGUAGUGUGAUUCAGUAUUUAUUCCUUUCUUUCACUGAAACAUCAAGUAAGAGAUUCUAUUCCUCCUUUUGUCCCGUUAGCACAUUAGGUUUAGCCUAAGGGACAAAAUCCCGUUGGCCCUGUAAUGACCCCAUGUUGCCUGCUGUGUAAUUUAUCUUCACGUUCCAGUAAGACACAAGACGCAACUAGUAGCCUUUUUCUGGAAUAAAUAUUUAAAUAGAGCUUGAUUGCAGAAAGUAAAUUGCAAUUUAAGUGUCAGGAAUAUGCAUCACAUGAGCCAAACUUUGUCUCCUAGAAUUUAUGUUUAUAUACAAAACUAAAUUGUUUUCCUUUUGCCUGGAUCGUGUUUAGAGGCAGCAUUUCUUUCAGUGAAUGAAUCACUAGCGUCAACAGCAGGAGUUCAGAGUAAAUGGAGGGCAUAAGGAGCACGGGUUUGUGACUACCUGUGGUUGCUUCAGAUAAUAAAUACAUUUUGGAUGCAGCUAUGAAGGACUGUGGUCCUGAGUAUGUUCUUAUAUCUCCCUGACCUUCAACACAAAACCAGACAAGUAUUUAUAGGGAUGUUACUACUGCAAAUAUAUUUUAUUGCUAAAAAUUGGUCCUUUUUUGUGCAAAAUGAAUUUAAAUAACCCCAUCCAAAGGGUUACUCUGUUGUGUUACUGUUGUUUUACUGUUGUGUUACUGUAAUGGCAGUCAUCCCACUUGCAUUUACUGCAGCUUUAGUCUAAUUUAAAAUGUACUAACUGUUUUAAACUAUCACUAAAACUAGAAGUUGAGAUGGCCUGUCUACAAGUGGCCAUAAGAUUAAGGCACAAUGCAACACUGCGUUGGUUAGUAUUGUACUUUUGUAAACUAAAACUCUGGAGGUUUGUCUCUUUGGUACUUUAAUGCAGCAUUGUCUUUAUUCUGCACGGGUUUAUAAAACAAGAAGCUCAUUUCUGGCCAAACAAUAGUUUAAUUUCAGGCUGUCACAAGGCUUUUUGUUUUUCACUCAUCACAACAAGCAGAAGUGACAGCUCUCAUGACAAGUGCAGUGAGUUCCAGAUUGAAGUAUGUUCUAAUAUAGUCACCACGGUUGAAAUAUAAUGAUGAUUUAUUCAAUAUUCCAGCUAGAAUGUUGAUAUGAUUCAUGUGGCGGUGUAGAAAUAAUAUUGUGGAACACGAAGAUUAAAAAGCGCGUUGUCUGGGAGUUAACCAUCUGGGUAUUGUCUCAUCAGCGUUGGCGUUUACUGUCUCUUGGGUGGAUUUUGGAUUAGUGCAGCCAUCUUGCUGUGAAUGUCAGUGACAAUAUACCAUAUACGAUACAAAAAGCCUUUUGUAGCAAGGUACGAAUAUGAACCGUGUCGUUUCAUAUCUGUGCAUGUAACUGCUCAUUUGUGUUGUUGUUGCACACACAAUAUUCUGAAAUACACUGAAAUGGGGUGUUAAAAUUAAAUAUAUAGCUAUAAUCUUUGCUUCGUGACGUUGUGUAAAUAAGGAGUUGGUAUGUUCCAGUGACACAUGUUGAACCUAGCAGUGUGCCAAGCUGUUUGUUCGAGCCGUGGGCUCAUGCGAGGGUGAGAGAAGCAAACAAGGUCACGUUUAGAUGUUCUCCAACAGUUGCAGUUCACCGGCCUCCGUUGCCUUAAGUAUGUGUUAAACGCUCAAUAUCUGCAAGUCUGCGUCCUGGUGUGCGUGUGUCACUCAUGCAUUUACUGUGUACUGUGUGGAUACAUGAGUCACAGCUGGUGAUGAACACACUGGUCUGUGUGUAUGGCUUAUGGCAAGAACUCUGCAUAUAUAGAUAUUCAUGGAUAAAUAUCCAUCAAUACAUGCUAUUGAAACAGAGCUCAUUGAAAAUAUAACCCUUAAAGCAAUGAGAAACUAAAAAUGUUCGAUGUAAUUUUCUUGGCUGCUUUCAACAGUGCUGGUUUGUGCUGCUACAUACAGUAUGAUGCUGUAAGGCCUUAUGUGUUUAAUGUGGUCUGAGUAGUUUGUAGUUUAUUCACCAGGCGGAGGAGGUUCAACAGGUCUACCUCCCUCGCGACGAUGCAGGUUCACUGCUAUUAUGAUUCUUUUUACACACUGUUCAUUGUUUCUGUCUUAAGAGACAAGCAUUGCUGUAUCUGUAGGGACGACUGUCACCUUGUUUGCGUUUGUAUAUUUCAGGAUGAUUGCGUGUCAGUGUGUUUUGGAGAAAGAACCAAAGUCAUAAACCAUAAUAAAAUCACUGUAAACACACACACACACACACACACACACACACACACACACACACACACACACACACACACACACACAAUGAACAAUUUCCAAGUCCAUGUACAACUGAGUGAUUGUCCAGCUAGCAUACGCUUUUGCUUCUUGUGUAAUGUUCUAAUAAAUUCUAAUAAAGUGUGUGAAAUCAUA